AACUCCAGUGGUUACUCGAGGUAUUGCAGUUUAGUAAGCCUUCGGUGCCGAAAACCAACAUUUCAUUAAAAACUACGAAUUUAUACCCUCGCCAAAUUAAAUUAUUUUGAACAGUACUUUUAAAUUUAUUCACUUUUAAAUUCUACUCUUCAGCCACCAAUUUUUCCUCUGAGUUCCACAGAAGAAGAUAUAAGAUUUAUUUCAUUCCAAUUUGGUCCGCAUGGUUUUACGUCACAUAUGGCAAGCCCUUUUAGCAUUUAAUAGCCUGUCUGGAUUCACAUUGCAGACAUCUAUAAUUCAUUUAUACCUGGACAAAACGCUAAUUUAAGAUAUCUCAAAUUACAUUUUGACUAGUAAGACUGAAGUUACUUUCGCCAUUCUGUCGUAUGGAACGUCCAAUUAAAGAUAAACGAUUUAGUUUUGACUAUCCAAAACGUAAAUUCCAGUUAUGCCUGUUGAAAUCACGACUAGUCCUAACUUAAAUUCGAGAUAUCGCCACAUUAGUUCUGACUAGUCAUAAUUUCAAUUAAAGAUAUAUUAAAUUCCCAAAGCCUUCCAGAACCGUCAGUAAAUGUAGAAUUUAUUAUCAAUGAUUUUCUGGUUAAUUUGCUAGUUCCACCUAUUCUUUGUAAUGAGACAGGAAUAUGAUAAUUUCACACUGCUGUUGGUAACCAGAAUGAUCAGUGUAAAAUCAUACUUUUUAUAGAAAGAGAACAAUUUUCAAUCUGUGUAGAUUCAUACACUUGGUUAGAGUUGAAAUAACACUGAAGAUUGUAAGCCAGUAGAAAGGAUGACACAAUAGAGAUGCUGCAUGUGCACUAAGGGACUUCUUAAUGGAAGCCUGCUGUAAUUAAGAUGUGUUCCCAUGAUCGUUACAAGCAGAUGUGCUGAGUUCCCUUCUCAUUUCCCCUUUCUUUGUUUCCUGCCAUUCACUCUUAGCUACUGUGGUGUGUGAAUUUCCUCAAGUCUUUGUGAUUUGAUACACUCCCAGUUUGUUGUGGAUUACUUAAUUUCCAUAAAUAGGGUGUUAAAGAAGAUUUACAUCACAAUGUUAUUUCCCCAUACAGGGAUGGAUUAUUUGACUGUGUCAGUCCAUCUCUGAACCUCUUCAUACAUUUCAAGAUACAAAAUUGCUCAGUGUUUUAUGUGAUCACUUGUGUGUUGAAAGAUGAUUGUGUGUAUGUUGUAUGUGUUUUAACAGAGGUAAUGCAAAGUGAAACAAAAUAUAUAUCAAAGUGUGUACUCAUAUAAAAUACUCACAGAAGGUACAGGGAAAUGCACAAGCCUUAUAUUUCGAAAACAAACUGGUUGUGAUAACCAGGGGAAACACAGACGUGACAACAUUUGCUGCACCAAAUACAAAAAACAAAAACAGCUGUGGGCAAGGAGCAACUUCAACACAUGGACACUGGUGAUUUCAACGUUUCAACGCUUUAAACAGGACGUAGACACCAAGCCACCCAUGUAAUAUUUUAUACCAUUUGCAGAAUUCACAUUUAUGUUGGUCUGCGAACAUCUCGGCUAGUUUGGCCAGCAGGGAUGUGUACACAAUGAGGAUUUUUAUUUUCUCAUUUUACAUCAUUCAGUUCAUGUGGUGGAAAAUCGCCACUCCCUGUUUAGGGCUGUAAGCCAGGGCCUCUUUAUUACAUGCAGCACAUAAAAGAUGCUCUACACGUAGGAGUGCAAAACAUUUCUUGGGGAGGGAGGCAAUACAGGUUUUUUUAAUGGUAUUACUUCAUAUCUGAAAAAAAUCCCCCCAAGUUUGGAUAGUAGAAAAACAAAGAAUGUUAUAGACUGUUCAAGGGCAGGCAGAGCACUAUUGUUUCAUUGUCAGGAAAAAACACAACUUAUUCACAUGUCUAAAGUCACGCACACCCCAGUUCAUAUGAAGAACCGUGCUUUUUCUAUUCUUCUUUCAGUUUUCAGUAGGUUAUGCAACCAACAAAAGAAUAUAUUCAUAUUAACUUCUAUAUUCUUAAUUGUUACAAACCAAAAAAUGGUCUGGAGGAUGUGGGCCAUAACAUAAGGUAAAAAAAGUGUGUGAAGUGGUUACAUCUGGCAGGGGAACAGAAAAACAGGACAUUAGCAAAAAAUGCAGGUUAUUUACAGAAAGAAAAUACUGGUGCUGAAUUGGUGUUACUAAGUGUUAGUAACUAUUUAAAAGUGUACACACAACAAUCAAAGACACACAGAAAAGAGGAAAAGGAAUGAGAGUGGUACCAAAGAAAUGAACUAAGGAAAACAAAAUGCAGCUUCUGGUUGGCUGGCUGUAAGAAGCUCUUGUGUAGAAGUAAUAGUGACAAACCAAUGAGAGGGGGAACUGCAUAGAAGGAUAGUGAGAGGGGAGUGGAACCAAGUAAAAGGCCAUACCUAAGAGCAAAAUGGUGCAUGGACGUAACAAUAAUGAUCAGAACACGCUACCCAGCGAACUUUAGUGCCGUUUUCCAUUAAUGUGACAUAAAUAAGUUUGUUGUGCUGUCGCACACGGUUUUAAUUUGCUAUUUCAGGAUAAUGGUACACGACAAAAACUGGAAGCUUUGUUUCAUUGUUGUCAAUCAUUGUGAAAAGCUGGUGUAAGUGUUGCUAUGGUAUUAUUUGUAAAUUUCUUGGUUGGCAGCACUUGGCCUAUGUUCAAUCUGAACACUGUCACAGAGCCAAAAAUAGGCCCGACAAAGCCUGACAAAUGCAAAUACCUGACAAAGCAUACCUUUCAGCCCCACUGAGAUCGGAUGCAGACCUCUAAAGACAAGUAAGCCAGUUUCAGGGUCAGCCAUACAUGCCAAAGCCAUAGCCCUACUUCCAUCACGUUUCAUAGAUGCUGUGGUAUGCUUUGGAACAUGAGAAGUUCCUCUUUCCUCUUUCUAUCAGGUUAAUACUUGCCUUAUCUGUCCAUAAGUUUUUUUUAUGUACUUUUUAGCAAAGUCUAUUCUUCUGUUCUUGGGGCUUACCAGUGGUUUGCAUUUUGUGAUGAUCUCUCCGAGGUUUUGUUGGUGUAGGACGGUGUAGGAUGGAGUGUGGCACAGUGGGUAAGGAACUGGGCUUGUAACCGAAAGGUCGUAGGUUCGAUUCCCGGGUAAGGACACUGCUGUUGUACCCUUGAGCAAGGUACUUAACCUGCAUUGCUUCAGUAUAUAUCCAGCUGUAUAAAUGGAUACAAUGUAAAGUGCUAUGUAAAAAAGUUGUGUAAGUCGCUCUGGAUAAGAGCGUCUGCUAAAUGCCUGUAAUGUAAUGCAAUAGUCUUUUCUUUAUGGUAGUAGUCUUUGACAUACAGUAACUAUGAUGACAUCCAUCAUGGAGAGUGUUUUUUAUCUGUUCGACAGUUGAAAAGGGGUUUUUCUUCACAAAUGAAAAUAUUCUUUGGUCAUUCAUCACUGUGGUCUUUCAUGGUCUACCAGGUAAUUUGCUAUUGCUCUACCAGUUAACCAGUCCAUUCUUACUUCUUAACAAUGUAUCAAACAGUUGAUUUUGACACACCCAAUCUUUUGGCUAGUCAGUUUAUUCAAAUUUCUUUUGAAUAAACUGACUAGCUGAAAGAUGAACUGCUUCACUGGUCCUCUUUUUUGGUCCUGAAAUUGAGAGACAACAUGUGUACUUCGUGACCGUUUAUUAGGUACAGUUGAGGCCAAAAGUUUGCAUACAGUACACCUAGGCUAAAGAUAUUCAAACUCAGUUUUUCACAACUCCACACAUUUCAUGUUACCAUACAUUUCUUUUCACAGGUCAAUUAGGGCAUCUACUUUGUUCACAUGGUAAUUGGUAACAUUGGUAAUUUUAAAACAAUCGAUUAGAAACAGAUUUAUUUCAGCUUUAAUUAAUUAUAUCAGAAUUCCAGUGGGUCAGAAAUUUAUAUACACCAAGUUGACUGUCUCUUUAAAUUGCUGACAUUCACCAAUGUUUUCUUAUUUGGGAUUUGUGCUUAGGUAAGAACAGAAUGUAUGCACACUCAAGAGCACACUUGAGUGCUGACAUGUUUGUGCAAAAUAAUUGGUUAUUGCAUUUUCUUCAGUUCUACAGAUGUAUAAUAUUAUAGGAUUUAAAUUACAAUAAUAUUUUUAUCAUUUAUAUUUUUUAGCCAUUAUUAUUAACUGCUAUUGUGAUGACUUUUGACCGUAUAUAUGCCUAAUUCUUCAGUUAACAGUGUACAUCAGAAAGCUGAUUAAUACCACUUUGGAUGCAAAUUAUUUGCAACCAAAGCAAAUUCAAGUCAUUGUUUGUCAUUCAACAAAAUAACAAAUAAAAGCUACAGAGCAAUGGUAAACUGAAUUGUCCGUAAUUUCAUUGUUUCAGUCUCUUAAAUUACAAUGUUGUUCUUGAAACAAGAGAAGAAAAAUAAAACAGGAGAAAAUGAAUUCAAUGCAAAUACCUGUAACGCACAAUUGUUUAAAUGAUAAUGGGAUUACUGUUCACCAAGUAGUAUAGUUUUUAAAAUACAAAUUAAUUGAAAAUUAGUUCUAAAUUUAACCAUGGGCAGCAAUUUUGGAGACACGGACAAUAACACCAUAUAUGGUGUAUUUAUUAUUUGUGUUCAAUGCAACAAAUUUAUUUAUUUAUUUUUGUGAACUGCACGUGUCUGAAAUCAACGUGGAUGAAGUAGGAUAUACAGAGCUGUGAAUUUAGAUUAUCUUUUCUGUAUGGAUAGCCCUUAGUCUCUUGGAAAACCUGGUCAGCAGCAGGUUUAUGCAGUAUGCAACCUUAGUAUCGUCUGGGUGGUGUUUAAAGCAAGCUGCAAUCAAGAUUAGCAUGGGACUAUAUCUGGGAAAUAAGAAAAAUCUUGAAAAUCCUGAGCUAUUCCCCAACUUGAAGGCACAGUGCAGUUGACCCAUUGCUGAAUGUCACUUACUGAAGCUCACUAACGGAGACAGACAGACACGUAACAGAUUAGUUGCUGAACAUCCCAAAACUAUACGCUCAAAAAUGACAACAGAAAGAAAACACCGCCCAUGGUGAGCUUCACAAAGCUGGUACUAAUGGCACGGCCUGUACUGUAUUUCAAAACAGGCUGUAUCCAAGGAUAAUGCGCAAAGAUACAUAACCAGGCAUAAUAAGGUUUAUUCAUUCUAAAAAGUUUUCAGUGACAACUUCUCCAUUCUGCAGUCAUGUAAACAAUGCAAAAUUCCGCUGCUCGUUAUUACAAUGCAAUUUACAAUAAUUUCCCCUUUUCAGCCAAUUUCCUGUUAAAGGUAACUUCAUCAUUGCGAUGGAAACAUAUACCGCAACGGCCAGCAAGACUGAGGGUUUGUGUAGUGGUGGCUUUUCACUGGGGGAAUGUGGAAGGAAGGGAAAAAACAGAAGUGCAUAUGUUCUGCAUUGUCCUGCUCAUAAGAAACUGCCUAUAAAUGAAACUGGAUAAAGGUGAUGUGGACUACAGUGCAGUGAACUCAGACCUCACAAUGGAUGCCAAGGUUAAUUCAGUCAAUGGAGGUGUUUCCAUACUUCAUAAGGUUGUACAGGGGAAACAUCACUAUGAAGUGGAUCGUGUGGUUAAAAUAGAUCAUGUGGCUGAACCUUAUCUAAGAAACAGAGAUAAACUGCUGAAGAUCAAUGGACAAGACUUGGAGAAUCUGAGUCCAGAAACUUUUGCAGAGCUGCUGACAAAAGGUUCACCAAUGUUGACAGUGCACCAAUCCAGUCAGGACACUCCUCAGGAGAAAUGUGAGGUACAGCAAGGAAUGUAUCCCUUCAGCAAGGAGGAGACUGUCAUGCACCUGAGCCUGGAGAUGAGGCAGGAGGAGGAGCUGGAGGAGGAGCAUGAGGAGAAGGGAGGGGAAAAUGACAGGAGGCAUCCCAAUGGCAAGAAGGAGCGCCCCGAGGAAGGCAACGAGUCCCACUCGAGUGAACUGGAUGGCAUACUGCUGGUUUCCAUGACGAACACCAGCAUUUCCAUCAUAGAAGGACGAGGCUGUACUGCUGAGAGCCCCUGUCAUGACUGCGGUGGAACAGAGUGCAACUUCAGUGAUGUAGUGGUGGUGGCCCAAUCCACCAAAUUGACUUUGGUGUCCAGAGAAAUUGCUAAUUUCCUUCAAGAGAGAGUACGGGAUAGCAUUCUCAUUCGAGGUUUAGUGCAUGACAUGUACAUCAACAACAGAGACAAGACAGCAGCCAUGUCAAGUCCACCCAGCUCCGAUGCAGAAAUUUCGAUCUAUUUCUACAAAUCUGAUUCUGUGGGUGGGGAGUAUCCGGGUUGUCCCGUUGUGUUGAAUUUCACUCGCACAGACAACUUCCUCAAAUGCAACAAGCAGGAUGACAAAGCUGUACUUAGUAUAGAGAGUUGUGAUAAGAGGAAGCUGAAACAUAUCAUUCGCGGAGACAAAGAAACCUGGCCUUUUGUUUUCUACAUGAAAGCCAACAGAGACAACACACGCCGAUUUGAAUCUGCUAACUGUCGAGGAUGGUUUAUACACUCCCAGAAUGAAAAUGUUGGAGUGAAAUGCCAAGAGUCAAAAGAUGAGACAUUCCUCUUUAUAAUCCAAAAAAAAUUAUUUUAGUUAGGGAGAGGACUGUCCACACAAAAUGUUAAAAUGUUAAAAAAUAAAAAUAAUUGGGCAUGAUUAUUGUGGCAAAUAAUGCA